CCUGCAAAGAAAAAACUUGAAGGCAAAGCUAAAGCCGGGAGUAUACCGGGGGAUACAGGAUCUGUGGCAACCGCGACUAUGGUUCGGCGCCAAAUGCCGCCGCGCGCCUGCAAGAGCAAGAGCCAGAGCGCCGCCAGGCCCAGUCUUAGUCCCAGCCGCCUGGCCAAGAAGCCCAGCCUGACGCCGACCACCGGUUCUCAGGCGCCAUCGCAGACCAUCGCAAAGUCGAGGCCCACCGGUCUCGAGACGAUUUUUGAACGGCCCGGCAAUGAGGACGACGGGCCCACCAGCAGCCAUGCCGUGGCAUUCGGCGAGUGCCAGCGCCGCGUCCUCGCCCUGGGUACGGGCGAAAAAAAAAGAACCCUGUCGCAGAAGAGCUGCCUGAAGGUGCGCAGCACCUUGGGCGAACGCAGCACCCGGCACAUGAUGACACUGCGGGCGUCCCGCACUACUUUGGACAGCGUAAUGCUCGGGGGCUCGGACGAUGAAGGCGAGUCGGUGGAGUCGCUCCCGCAGUCGCUCCCGUAG